CAAAGGAAUCUCGGUGGAACGAUGACGAUAUAACACUACCACAUCACUUGCUUACACUUCCUGUUUCACUGCAGUGAAGAAGAAAAUAAUUUUAUCAAAAAGAAAUGGAUACGAAAUUACGGGGUUUUGUUCUCUCUGUAUAUAUCGUCUUUGGCCUCCCUGUAAUCACAGCUCACAAUGACCCUUCAAAUAAAAUCAUGGAGGAUUUUUCUGGGUACCCAAUUCAUGAACCGCAGUCCCAAGAUUCCCUAUUAUCACUUUCAGUUGACUCUGAAGGCCUUCAGAAGCAGAUUGAUGAGUUAUCCACUUUGUCGGAAACACCGGCGCCAUCGGUUACUAGGAUUCUUUACAGUGAGAAAGAUGUAUUGGCAAGGAGGUUCAUUAAAAAUCUAAUGGGCCUUUCUGGUCUCUCAGUCAGAGAGGAUGCUGUCGGGAACAUAUUUGGUCGAUGGGAUGGGGACGAGCCUGAGCUAGCACCAGUUUCUACAGGUUCUCACAUAGAUGCUAUACCAUACUCUGGAAAAUAUGAUGGAGUAAUUGGUGUAUUGGGCGCCAUAGAAGCCAUUAAUGUUUUAAAGCGGUCUGGCUUUAAACCUAAAAGGUCCCUGGAAGUGAUCAUGUUCACAUCAGAGGAGCCUACACGUUUUGGAAUUAGCUGCCUGGGCAGCCGCUUAUUGGCAGGAAGUAAAGAACUAGCUGAACUUCUCAAGAAAACAGUAGAUAGUCAAAAUAUAUCCUUUUUUGAUGCUGCAAGAUUUGCAGGAUAUGCAAACCAUCUACAGGACUUAACCAGCGUGUUUCUGGAGAAAGGUAGUUAUUCUGCUUUCAUAGAGUUGCACAUAGAGCAAGGUCCAAUACUUGAAGAGGAAGCCACAUCUAUUGGUGUGGUUACGGCCAUUGCUGCUCCGGCAAGCAUCAAAGUGGACUUUGAAGGCAGUGGAGGCCAUGCAGGAGCAGUCUUGAUGCCUAUGAGAAAUGAUGCAGGACUGGCUGCUGCAGAGUUGGCUCUUGCUGUUGAGAAAUUUGUAUUAGAAUCUGGAUCCAUCGACACUGUCGGAACAGUUGGUAAGGAACUUCUUUGCACUUGUUUAUAAAUUAUGGUUCUAUAUCAUCAAUUCUUGGUCAACGGGAAAUAUAGACUUUUAAGCAUGGGAUGGUGAAUUUUGCAUACGUUGAUUCAUGCAAUUUACAGGUCUAAAUCUGUAGAAUAUCGUUGCACAUUCUAGGUUGUUGACUGUGUUUUAAUAUUCUAGGAGUAUAUGGGGCAUUCAUAUUUUGCAUUAGUUCACCCUAAUUUCCUCCGAUACAUUAAGGAAUUGAGGGGUACAUUAUUUUUAGAGAUAAACUCAGGAGCGUGAAGAAAGCCUGCAACAGGAGUGGAUGCAGCUUUUACACUUGGGGUGG